AUGUCUACAGUAUAUCCUGCCCUUCAGAGACUGUCAAAGUAUGCGCAGGUAGUGCUACUUUCCUCCGCCUGCUCGGUUCUUGGGGGCACACCUCCAAGCUGCCCCAACGCACAAGUAUCGUGCCAAAACACAACGGCCGUGGCAGACACUUGCUGCUUCAACGCCCCUGGUGGGCAACUUCUACAGACACAAUUCUGGGACUACAAUCCACCCACUGGCCCCUCCGACUCGUGGACGGUCCAUGGCCUCUGGCCUGAUCACUGCGAUGGCACAUACGACGCAAAUUGCGACCCUGCACGAGCCUACACCAAUAUCUCCUCCAUCAUCUCCGCCGCUGGAGCAACCGAUCUCCUCAGCUACAUGAACACAUAUUGGAAAGACUACCAAGGGAACGACGAGUCAUUCUGGGAGCACGAGUGGGAAAAGCACGGAACCUGCAUCAGCACCCUCGAGCCCGGCUGCUACGCGAACUACGUCCCGCAGCAAGAGGUGGUCGCAUACUUCCAGAAAGCAGUGGACCUCUUCAAGACCCUGACGUCCUAUACAUUUCUCUCCAACGCAGGUAUCGUGCCUAGCAGCACGGCGACCUACACGUCCGCGCAGAUUCUCGCGGCGUUGAAAGCGCCUCGUGGCGUCGAUGUGGCGAUUCAGUGCGCGAACACGAACGAGUUUGACGAGAUAUGGUACUUUUUCAAUGUCAAGGGCAGCGUGCAGACUGGACAGUUCAUUCCCGCCAAUCCAGGCGUCAAAUAUCUCCCCAAAGGAGGCACCACCCCGCCCUCAACCACAACAAGCAAACCCACCACCUCCCCCACCUCCUCGCCUGGCAACCCUUUCUCCGGCCGCGGCACCCUCCAAGUCUCCACUUCCGGUCAGGCUAAAGGCUGCAUCAUCAGCGGCGGUACAUGGUACACCACCGGCACGUGCGCAACAUUCACAGCUGCAGCGUCAGGGGCUGGGUUCACGUUGACGAGCAGUAAGGGAAAAUGUGGCGUGCAGGGGAACAAUCUUGUUUGUGGGACGAGCGUCACGACGGCGACGGUAUUUACCGCGGGAGGUGCGGACCUUGCCAACCCGAGUGGAGGCACGACGUGGUAUGCGGCUAGUGUGCCGAGUGGGAGUACGCAGGUUACGGUGAGCACGGCAAAGGCGGCGACGGGGCUGGUGAUUGAGUGGCAGAGUGCUUGA